CUACCAUAAAUUUCCCCCUACUCGACCACCCUUCAAACUGCGUGCUGACUUGAUGUUGCAGGGUGGAGCUGGAGCAUCUUAUCUGAGAGGAUCUCCAAGCCAUCCACGCGCCCUGAAGAGCAUCUUCUUCAGUGGAUGAGAGAACUCUGGGAAAAAGAAGAAGCAGCCUUAGAUUCUCCCCGGUUGGUGACCUCCUGCUCCGGGGGAAGUUCUCCCUUACCUCCUAGUUUUCCUCCUCCCCGCAGCCACGGAGCCCACUGAUGCGUCCGGCGGCCCCUGAUGCUUGGCGGGGCUCCGGAGCUUUCCGGUCGGUGGGAGAGGCUCGAGCCGCGGCCACGCGCCGCUAGGAUGCUGCGCCAGGUGUUGCACGCGGGACUGAGGACGUUAUUUCUCGCGCUGGGUCGGUUCGUGGCAGGUCACGCGGUGUUCUUCGCGUCGGCGCCCGUGCUGCUGUCCAUCCUGCUGGGGGCCAGCUUCAGCCGCUACCGCGUGGAGGGGGACGUGGAGAGCCUGCUCGCGCCCAAGCACAGCCUGGCCAAGAUCGAGGGCAACCUGGUGGAGAGCCUGUUUCCUGUUAACCGCUCCAAGCACGCGCUCUACUCGGACCUGCAGACACCCGCGCGCUACGGGCGCGUGAUCAUCACCGCCCGAAGAGGGAGUGUGCUGGACCCGGUUCACCUGGAGACCAUCCUACAGCUCCACAGGCAGAUCUACCACAUGCAGGUGACAGUCCCGUCUACGACGGUGGGCUACAGUCGUUUCAACUAUUCCUUCCCCUACCUCUGUCUUCCUGACGACAAGAAUGUCUGCAUUGUCGAUGACAUCAUCCGGGCCAUGGAGGAGAUUCAGUCUGCCAGAACUUCAAACCGAACCGUCCCCAUUUUACGCUACCCCAUCACACAGUUGGCGGAUGGAAGACAAGCUUACAUCGGCCACCAGCUGGGCGGAGUGCAGGGUUGGGGUUCCAGCGGUGGGGUUAAGGUUCAAGGCACGGGGGGCAAAGGGGAAGGUGUCCGUUCUGCAAAAGCAGUGCAGCUCACGUAUUACCUACAAUCUCGAAGCGAGCUUAUGGACCAGGUAGCUGGUCGAUGGGAAAAUGCCUUUUGUUCUGAGCUGAAGCUCUUCGGGGCAUCACACCCGAAGCUGGGGCUUUAUCCCUCCACGUCGUCCUCCCUACGGACAGACUUCCAGUUCUCCUCUGUGCUGGCACGUCGCCCCCUGAUGGCAAGUUUAGGAGUCUGCGGGGUGCUGGCCAUCCUUUGCUGCUCCAUGAGAGACUGUGUGAGGUCCAAACCCUGGUUGGGACUCUUAGCUCUGUUGUCAGUGGCUCUUUCAGGCCUCACUGCUGCUGGGAUACUGAACCUAACAGGAGCUACCUACAACUCCACAUACCUGGGAAUACCUUUCGUCAUGCUUGGUCAUGGUCUUUUCGGUUCCUUUGAGAUGUUGUCAUCGUGGAGGCGAACUCGGGAGGAGCAGCAUGUGAAAGAGCGGGUUGCAAGCGUCUUUGAAGACGUCAUGCUUCGUUUCUCAGGCUCCACCAUGAUCCACUUGAUGACUUUAGGGCUGGCUGCCUCGCCACUCACCAACAUGGAGGCAGUCCGGCUAUUCUGCCGCACUGCCGCCCUUGCAAUUGCCAUAAGCUACAUUUACAUGUUGUCCUUUUAUAGUUCCUGUCUGGUGUUUACAGGCUACUUAGAGACAAGGUACAGACAUGGCUGCUUCUGCCGGCGAGUACCUAAACCAGACAGGCUGGACUCAAAGCCGGCUUGGUACCGGUGUUUGAUGUACACUCGUUACCAAGAAGAGACACAAUCAACCAACCCACCUCAUAGAGUUGGUCCAAUUCAUGUGCCAAAUCCUAACCUGACCUAUGUGGAAACACAAAUUGCAAACAGCCCUGCUGUGGAUGGACACAUAGCUAACUCCAUUCAAACACAUUCAACUCCCCCUACUCAUACAACAACAAUAUUGGAUCCUCACCCUCUGGACUCCCAUUUUUUGCUGGGAUGUGUACGGCACUGUUAUGGAGACUGGAUCACUAACACUUACGUCAAACCCUUUGUAGUUUUACUCUAUUUGGUCUACAUCUCCUUUGGACUGAUGGGCUUUCUCCAGGUGACCCAGGGUUCUGACCCGAGUUCACUGGUCGCCAUGGAUACCGCAACAGUACUGUACACACGAGCACAGCAGCGGUACUUCAGCUCGUACUCACCAGUGAUUGGAUUCUACAUUUAUGAAAGUGCCCCCUACUGGAACACCACGGUGCAGCGGGACCUGUUAGAGUAUGCCAAAGGCUUUCAGAGGAUCAGCUGGCUUGAGGCAUACCUGAACUACCUAUCAGACCGCAACCUGUCCACCAGCCUUCCUCGUGAGAACUUCACACAAACACUGCGCCAAUCUUUUCUGCGUGAGCCACAAUUCGCCCAUUUCGCUGAUGACAUCAUUUUUGCAGAUCGCGGCCAAGGGGAGGAGCCUGAUGUGGCAGCUUCUCGCAUCUUCUUGGUUGCCAAAACAACAGAGAACAAGCGUGAGGAGAUGUCAGUGCUACUGGACACACUGCGCCGCUUGUCUCUCACAUCCCGGGUUCGCUUCCUGAUAUUCAACCCCUCAUUUGUUUACUUGGACAGGUAUGCGACAGCAGUCAGCUCCCCCCUCAGACACUCACUACUGGCAGUGCUCUUCCUGCUGGGUCUGUCUUCUCUGGUCGUUGUGGAGCCACUGGUAUCCCUCUGGCUCGGCCUUACCCUUCUUUCUGUCCAAUUUGGAGUUCUGGGCUUUAUGACUUUGUGGGGCGUGGAGAUGGACUGUGUAUCUGUGCUGUGCCUAAUCACAGCUUUAGGGCACUCGGCAGACUGUAGUGGCCCCCUCCUCUGUGGCUUCACUUCAGGUCGUGGUGAAAGCAGAACUCGCUGGGUUCGUUUGGCCCUGGAACGACACGGCAUUCCUUCAUUACAGACACUUGUGUGCUACAGCGCUGCCCUGGUGCCUGUCUGCUCUGUGCGCUCAAACCUCACUCACACACUUUUCCGCUGCCUCAUUCUGACAGCCGGCUGCUCGGCCCUGCACACGCUGGCCUUUCUGCCCACUCUCCUUACCUUUCUGCCCCCCUCCAAGACCAGGGAUGAUCAGCUGGGAAGGGAUGGUCAGAGACAGGAGGUGGAAUGUGUCGAAAUGAAUGACAGCACCAGAGUAGUGGACCAGAUAACCACUGUUUAAGAACGUAUAGGUUGGAAGUGCCAAUAUAUUAAACAGAAACAAUAGCAGACAGAAGAGGAUAAAGGCAGGUCCUUCAAAAAUGUAUCUGUGGUUUCCUACUUUUAGGUAGGACUGUGUGGCAUGUAUUUUUUUUUUUCUCAAAACAAUCACAAGAUUGAAAAUGUGCCUGGAAAAAAGACACUUUCACUUUAAAUCUUACUUUAAAUUGAACUUUUUAUUGCCUACUGCUGUGUUAUUUUUUGCCAGAUAAUUUUGCACAAUUUCUGCUUCAGUGACAUUAGGUUAUCCCUGUAUGACUUAGUAUUUCUACUUUAA